AAGACGAGUCUAACUCAUAACAACUCUAGCGACAUCUAACGACCGACGCCAGGAUGGGGCUCGUUUCUCCAUCCUCGUCCCUUUUAUUUUGCACCACGUUCCUCACUCUCCGCUCUAUCCGCUCCGUUGUUAUACAAUUACAUACGCCACUACAAGUAGGCUCUGCUUACAUAGAUCGUAUGAGGUACUUUUUUAGUCUCCGAACGGGGUGCCACACGCACGAGGAAAAUGCCCUGAUACACUACACUACGCUACACUAUAUCCACGCGACCCAUGGAGGCCUGUCGUGUUUGAUCUGCGACGAUAUCUUGGGGAAGGAAAUCCUAUGGGCCAGGAUGUCCCUUAAUAAGAUCUUUAGCUCUUUCUCUAGUCUAGUCGGCGACUAAGGUGUCAAUGCCACGAGCGGCUGUGCUAUAACCUCAUUCAAUUCUGA